AGCCAUAAUCAUGACGAAUGAUUUUUGGAAAACAACUAAUAAGCUUCCGUUUGUAUGGGAGGAUGGAAUUAUGUUGUGGAAAAUGUUGGAACAUCUUGACUUUAAUGUCAUAUGGCAUGCAAAUCACAGUGCAAGACAAAUGCUCGAAAGUCUGAAGGAGGAUGUGAAGAUAACCAAAGACGUAGGCAAAAUUAUAACGUGCUGUGUCUCUUCACAUGGAGAACAAUCCGUCAUACUUGGACAAGAUAAAAAAGCUGUUUGGAUCAAACGAAUGGUUGAUACUCUGGUAACAGGAGACUCUGAAAUUAGCAUUAAGUUGAAGGACAAACCUAAGCUUUUCCUCAUUGAUGCAUGCCAGGGAGACUUCCUUCAAAAAACGUUCGAGGAAGACGUCACGAAGAAAAAGAUAAAGUUUGAUGUAACGCAAGAUUUCUCCAGGAUAGCAGAAAAUGCAGAUGUUUUGCUCGGUUUUGCAGCGUAUCAAGGGACUGUCUCAAACGGAGUAACAGAAGGAAGCUAUUAUAUAGAUGAGCUUACUAAAUACCUUCCAACCCAUACAAAAGAAGACAUCCAUGCCAUUCUUGCAGGAGUCUGCAAACAGGUACAAAGUAUUGUGUUUCAAGAUAAAUCUGAAACCCAAUUGCCAAUGGUCUUCAGCACUUUGACAAAGAAGCUGAUUUUCUCCAACCACUGACAAGACAGACUGAGAACUGAAAAGGGUGAAACAAGAGACUGGAUUCAAAUUACAGAAACCCGUGUGAA